AUGUCCGGGCGAGAUACAGCCAGGAAAUCACGACGUGGAGGUGCUGCCGGGACUUCAAGGUUCGGAGAGGUCCAUUUUGUAAACAUCUCACACCCUAGUGAUGUUGGCUCUCAGAUGACGGACAUCCGCCGCUUUGUCAUGCGGGGCGGAAACCAACAACGGCGGGCACAAGAAUCAAGACGAGAGAAUUCUCCGAGUAUACGCCCCGGAUCCGAUAACAGCUCUCCCGGCCGGUCAUUGCCGCCACUCGGAAGCUUCCCCGUGCCAGGCGACACGCGUAUGCUGGAGCUGGUCCGCUUUGCCAACGAAGUAACGGAUGUCUAUAUCCCUUUUCGCGCUACGUGGUUUGAGGUGUCAUUAAUGGACCCUGGAGCUUUCGAAGUUAUCCUCGGCAAUAACGCCAACCUAUGGGAGAGGCUGAGAACAAAUAAUAUUGUAGCCAAGACUCCAGAAGCCAUGAGGCACUAUUCACAGUCCAUAGUGCAGCUGCGGCAGCGUCUCGAUGACGAAACUGCGGUAAAAGGCCAGGGCAUAAUAGCGAAUGUUCUAGGUCAUGUUUGUCUUAACAUGAGACACUGCGACUGGGCAAGUUGGAAAGUUCACAUGGAUGGAUUAUGCCUCAUCUUGAAUACUCGUGGAGGAUUUUGUGGCUUGGAUUACCAAAUACAUUUACUGAUACUAUUGUACGACUUGGUCGGGUCUAUAGUCUUCGACUCCAGACCGCGAUUCCCCCUAUACGCAAGCUUUGGAAUCCCAAGCCCUAAUGGAGAUAUCCUAUCGACACCUCCGAGGCUACGAGCCUUGCUCCUACGACUGGUGCAGAAAUCUGACCUGGUUGAGGCAGGAGAAGCCAUGAUGAAGAUGUCACACAUGUCGGGAAUCAUAAAAGAGAAAAGUAGAUCCAGCACCUUCUGGAAAAAGGACAUUGAGGGGCUUCUCAUGAUUAGCCCGGCUCUACACUUUCUACUAUCAAUGCCAAGACUACCAGACGAUUAUAUGACCCACGCUAACCGUAGCGACCUCGUUGCUAGAGAGUUAGUUCGACUUACAUGUCUGACUAUCAUGUCUGUCUUGAAAGAAAGAUUGAGCUUCUUUACUGUUGAGAGGGCUGGAUUGCAAGCGCGGCUUGUGCAAUUUAUUGCUGCCAAUAUACGCUACGUGGAACCCGACUUCUUCGACCUCAAAGUCUGGGUAUUAAUUACCGGUGCGUUGAUGGAAGAACAUAGCUUGAGAGACUUGUACAUCAAUGAGAUAAAGCACACCAUGAUGAUAACGAAUACCUCGGUGGGAAAUUUAGUUCAUAUCACUCAGGAGAUGGUCUGGAUUGAUGCUCUAAUGUCGUCAUCCGCCAAUGAGUUGAUACAGGAUAUCACUCAUGGAAAUUCUUCAUAG